CCUUUGUUACCCAGGGCCACAAGGUGGUCUGGCCGGUACCCUGGUCCCUGGCUGUGGCCCUGCCAGGUCUGGUCUGGGGCUGAUGGAGGCUCGGUGUGGUGCUUCUGGCUGCCUCUGUCCCCGCAGGGCUCGCUGGUGUUCCUGGUGAGCGGGCUGGCGGUGCUGGGCUAUGCCGCGGCCCUCAGCGCCCAGCCCACCUACCAGGCCGUGGUCCGGGCUGUGUGCGGGGCGGCCGUGGGGAAGCUCUGUGAGGUCUGCUUCCUCCUCAACCUCUUCAUGAUCUCCGUGGCACUCCUCAGGGUGGUGGGUGACCAGCUGGAGAAAUUGUGUGACUCCCUGUACCCCAAUGGGACACUGAAUGGGAUCCCCCAGCUGCCCCCCUGGUACGUGGACCAGCGCUUCACCCUCUCAGCUCUCUGUGUCCUCGUCAUCUUCCCGCUCUCUGUCCCCAGGGAGAUCGGCUUCCAGAAGUACUCCAGCAUCCUGGGCACACUGGCUGCCUGCUACCUCACUCUGGUCAUCAUCCUGAAGUACUACCUGCAGGCAGAGAGCCUGCGUUUGACUGAGCCCCCCCAGCCCUCCAGGUCCUCCUCCUGGACUUCCAUCUUCAGUGUCAUUCCCACCAUCUGCUUUGGCUUCCAGUGCCACGAGGCAUGUGUGGCCAUCUACAGCAGCAUGCGCAACCAGAGCUUCUCCCACUGGGUCACCGUCUCUGUGCUCUCCAUGCUCAUCUGCCUGCUCAUCUACUCCCUCACUGGGCUCUAUGGCUACCUGACCUUUGGUGAGGCUGUGGCGUCCGAUGUCCUGAUGUCCUACCCAGGGAAUGACCCGGUUGUCAUUGUCGCUCGCCUGCUCUUUGGUGUCUCCAUUGUCACCAUUUACCCCAUUGUGGUGCUGCUGGGCAGAUCCGUGGUGAAGGACUUGUGGGCAGCCCCGAAGGGCGGGGCCGUGGCGGAGUGUGAGGCACGCGAGCGGCGCAGCCGGGUGGCACUGACGGUCACCUGGAUGUCUGCCACGCUGGCCAUCGCCCUGUUCGUCCCUGACAUUGGCAAAGUCAUCGAACUCAUCGGGGGCAUCAGCGCCUUCUUCAUCUUCAUCUUCCCAGGGCUGUGCCUCGUGUGCAUGACUGGGACCCACAGCCUUGGGCCACGCAAAAAGGCUGCUCUCAUCGCCUGGGGCGUUCUCUCCGUUCUGGGCGGUGCCUUCGUGUGCGGGCAGAGCGCUGCCCUGGCCGUGCUGGGGCUGCUGCGCUGAGCGACCACAG